AUGUCUCAAGGAAAAAUCCUUCUCGCCUAUUCCGGUGGACUGGAUACGAGCUGCAUCCUGAAGUGGCUGCUGGAAAGCGGCUACGAAGUGAUCUGCUUCAUGGCCGACGUCGGUCAGGAGGAAGACUUCCAGGCGGCCCGUGAAAAGGCACUACGAAUCGGUGCCAAAGACGUCAUCGUGAAAGACAUGAAGGCACUGUUUGUGGAGAAAUUUGUUUGGCCGGCCCUUCAGAUGGGGCUGAUCUACGAGGAUCGCUAUCUGCUGGGAACUUCGCUAGCGCGACCCUGCAUUUCGCUGGGACUGAUCGAAUCGGCCGCGCAGUACGGCUGUCCGUACGUUUCACAUGGAGCAACCGGCAAAGGUAACGAUCAGAUUCGAUUCGAACUAAGCUGCUAUGCGUUGAAUCCGACGAUCAAGGUGAUUGCUCCCUGGCGACUGCCGGAAUUUUGCGAACGUUUUCAGGGGCGCCAGGAUUUGCUGGAGUAUGCUAAGAAGAACAACAUUGCAGUUAGCGCCACGCCGAAGGCGCCCUGGUCGAUGGAUGCGAAUAUCGUUCACAUCAGUUAUGAGUCAGGUGUGCUGGAAGAUCCAUCGUUGGCAGCUCCGGAGGAGCUGUACCAAAUGACAGUGUCGCCGUUGAAGGGAUCCGAUACACCAACAACCGUGGAGAUCAUUUUUAAGGAGGGCGUUCCGGUACGUGCCACUGAACUGAUCAGCGGUAAAACAAUGGAAGAACCCUUCGAUAUUCUCACGUUUUUGAAUAAAAUCGGUGGAGAACAUGGUGUAGGAAGGGUUGAUUUAGUGGAAAAUCGAUUCCUGGGUUUGAAAUCGCGAGGAGUGUAUGAAACCCCUGGUGGUACAAUUCUUUAUGUUGCUCACAAAGACUUAGAAGUAUAUUGCUUGGAUCGGGAAAUCUUCCGAGUUAAGUCUUACUUGGCAUCCAGAAUGGCGGACUACGUUUACAAUGGAUUCUGGUAUUCACCGGAAGCGGAGUACGUGCGUUCCUGUCUCGUCGCUUCUCAGCGGAAUGUUACCGGUAAAGUUGUGGUGGAAAUUUUCAAAGGUCGCGCAAUGGCUGUCUCCCGGGAAUCUACCAACAGUGUGUACAAUCAGGAGCUGGCCUCGAUGGAUGUCCACGGUACUCUGUCGCCGUAUGCCGCGACCGGAUUUAUCGAAGUUAAUGCCAUGCGCCUAAAGGAACAUCACCGUGUGUUCGGAAGUGCUAACACAAAAUAGUUUGUUUUAUUUCCAAUAAGCUUGUAACCUACCUUCAGCAAUAAAUCGCUUAACUAUG